CGGAGGGAGGGGUGAAGGCUAAAAAUAGAUAGUGGAAACACCGGGGCCUGGUAAGAUGGGGCCCGAGGUGAUCCGGCAGGGGAAGGCGAAGGGGAAGGGGUUGUCGUCACAAUGGAGUGAUGUCACAAUGGGGGAAGAGAAGAUGCAGGCAUCGUCUGUCUCCUCUGCAGCUAAACACACCUAUGACCGUUCCCAAGAGAGAUGGGAAAAGUUCGAUGCGGAUGCAGCUCUGGCUGCAAUUGACGCAGAGGAGGAAGGGGAGGAGGAGGAGGAGGGAGAGGGGGAGGGGGAGGGGAAACUUGUCCCUCCCAGAAAGGUUUCCUCCUCGAAACGAAAAGGCGGAGAGCAGAGACUUAUGAAGCCAAAGGGAAGUGGCCAUGGGUCAGUAGGAGGCAGCAAGGGAGGACAAGGCUCGGUGGAUUCUGCAAGCCGUACAAGUGGUGGCCAUGGGUCCUCGGGAUCCGAUGCGAAAAGGGAACGGAACAAAUCUGUGCCGGAGACAGCUCCCAGCAAGGAACAUGUCAGUCGGUCUGCGUCGUCUGCUAGUGGAUUGCGAAGGGGUGGCAUUGCAGCUGCAGGAGCAGGAGCAGGAGCAGUGAUAGGCGGGGGGCGAAGAACCCACACGUCCUCAGAUGAAGCUGUGAGGAGAUCGGCGUUGCCCCUCUCCCAUGGCAAACCCACAAAGAAUGGAUUCCUCGAGGAUGGUGGCCCAGCUGCUGUGAUCAGCAGACUUGCCGAUGCUGCCGACUUCGACGACUCCUUACCAGACGCUGCCUCCGAAAAAGACAGAGGAAAUGAUUUGUUUCGGCAAGGCCGGUUCGGCGAUGCAAUCGAUUGCUAUUCCCGGAGCAUUGCCCUGAGGCCCACGUGCAUCGCAUAUGCCAACAGAGCGAUGGCUCUUCUGAAGCUGAAGAGAUUCAAAGAAGCAGAGGAGGACUGCACUGAGGCACUUGAGCUGGACGACAUGUAUGUGAAAGCAUAUGCACGCCGAGGAUCUGCAAGAAAAGAACUGAAGAAGUAUGGAGAAGCGGCUGAAGACCUGGAGUACGCCCUCCAGCUCGAGCCGGAGAACAAAGAGCUGAGGCAGCAACUGCAAUCUGUCCUUCCGUUUUGUGAGAAAGAGGGGGGGAAGAGGAUCAGCCCCCAGCUCUCCUCCCUUCCUGAGAAGUCUCCAAUCUCUUUGAUGGGAGCCUCUUCUCGUCCUGCUGAUUUUACCACUGCACCUCUCUCCGGCCCUCUGAGCAUGCUCAAUUCCUCAUCGCUACAACCUUCAACCGUUGGCGAUGAUGCCUCAAAAGGAAGGUCAACUCGUAAAGUCCUCGAUUCCGGAGAUCUUUCCCGCUUUGGAAUCACUGAGCUGACUCCUGAAGAUUUGGCUGUAAGCUCGAGCACGAGGAAGGGCGGGGGUGGAGGGGGUGAGCGGGAGGUGAAGGCUGUGUUUGAUCCUCUUGCUGUUAAAGGCUCUGCCAAGAAGACGGCCGGUGAGCAAACAGCACCGUCGAAGACCGGAAGGAUGGCAACGGCAACUGCUGCCGCACAGCUGCAGCAGGCCGUUGCUGGCGCAGAGGCAAUUGCAGCCCGUGCGGCGGCUGCAGCGAGAGAAACGCUGGCCAAGAAAGUUGGCGCCCCCAAGACAGCCUACGAGUUUGAGAAUGUUUGGAAGAUGCUGGCAGACGAUCGGCAAGCGCAGGCGCGAGUCCUUCGGAUGGUGGACCCUUCUACCUUGCCGAAGACUUUCAAGGAUGCAUUAAGCGCCCACUUGCUCUGCGAUAUAAUUGCUGUUAUUGACGAAUGUCUCCUUAAAACUGACGAUGCUGCGAGGGGAAUCGACAUCCUGGAAAAACUGACGACUGUUGGGCGCUUUGACAUAACGAUAAUGUUCCUGUCGGCACAGCAAAAGGCCAAGCUCAGACAUUUAUGGGAGGGAUCAGCAAAGUCUGUGCCCAUUUCAUCAGAACUGCAGGACCGCCUUCAGUCAAUUCGCGCAAAGUAUCGUGUGUGACGAUUCAGUUCCAUCCAUGAAGAUUGUCUGGCGAGAGCACGAGGAUCUACGAUUGUGGCUGGCUGGCUGGCUUGCACGGUGCGUCUUUGCUACUAAGAAGCGUCCGGCGCCUUCUCCAGAUGCAGUCUGCGGGCGGAAACUGACACAUCGGGUUCCAGACCUUUGACAUGCGUGACAAGGAUCCGGAACAAGGAUCCGGAAUGUGUGACGAGGAUCCAGAAUCCGAUAUGGACCCUGUCAACAUUGGAAUCGGCAGAUGACCAUUUGGAGAUGGCUGGGUGGUGCUGCUGGCAUUGGAUGCGAUGUGAUUCAUGUCACAAGAGGUUUGGUGAAUGCUGCUGCUAAUAGAUAGGAACAUUUGGAACCAGUAAUGGGACUCCGACUGUUGGUGAGCACCACAGGCAAGGCAUGGAAUUGCAGGGAAAGAACUCGAGACCGCACACUGUGAGCGGGAAACCAGGAGGAUGAUAUGGCUCUGUCGAUUGUUCAUGGACGAGCAAGCUGUGGGACUGUUGGCCAGCAAACUGAACACUGAGGAUUGGAGAGAAGAUUUCUGAAGAAUAUUUGCUUCUGAUAAGAUUAUCCUCGUCUUCGGGCACACAGCCGUUUCAGAGAAAACAGUGUUGAAUUGCUCUGGUAUCGGUCAGGCUGUGGGGAGAACUUUCAGCGAGGAGCUCUCACUCCGGGAUCAGUCAUGGGCCGACUGGGGCCUUUUAGCCAUGGGACCCCUUGACCAGUCGUGGGAACAGUUGUAUGGAACCAGUAAUGGGACGAGCAAGUCAUGGGAACCACAAGACCGGGACAGUCAGGCACCAUUAAUGGGCCCCCCUCAAGGACCAGUCAGUCAUGGGACUGUCGGGGAAGAUUUGGAACCAGUGAUGGGACCCCCUCAAGGACCAGUCAGUCAUGGGACUGUCAGGGACCAUUCAUGGGUCAUUCUAGCACUACGGUAGUUAUUGGACCCUCUCUCUAGGACCAGUCACUUUGUGCACGGAGCUUCAGCAAUCAGCCCUCAAAAGGCACUAUGCUGAAAGGCACAAUGCUUUUUUGGCUGAUGAUGUGUGGGUGUAUUUGUGAUGAGCCCUACUUUGUUUGGCUGUGCAUGGGAAGGUCUUCCGUCCCUCGUUACUUUUGCGUUGGUGGCUGUAGAACUCUUGCCGCUGAUCAAGGUUGCGCUUGCUCUGAACC